UGGGCGCCAGUGUGCGUGAACGGGAGAACUUAGCGAGAGGUCGCGCGCGCGCGCACGGCUGAGACUCUCCACAACAACAACCGACCCGCGCAGAACAGCUUCGCGUCGUCCAAACAACCGCGGAUUCGCUUUUCCACCUCAUCCGUGCGUCUUUAGACGGUUAAAAACCGCGUCUCACCUUUAAAAGUCCCGUUUGUUUGGAUUAGAAUCGACCGUGGAGCGAUUUUUCCCCUCAGAGGUCUCUCUCUCUCACCGACGGUGCAGCUCGACGGCGGCUCAGUGUGUGUGCGUGUGGGGGGGCUUUUAUUUCAACACAUAACUUAAAUAUUAUUACAUCAGCUGUGUUUCAGUGACUAUAUCCACACUGUAUCUCACAGCUCCAGGAGCUCCAGCUAACUAACCGACUGUCAUGACGAACUGCUUAUAGCUAGCUAGUCAGAUUAGCUUAAACAACUUCAGCCUGUUAGCCGGUGAGCUAAAGUCUCCCUAAAUCAAAGACUAUACAGGGAUAUUUGUUACGGCGACAUUUUAUCUCAAUUACUCGCUAUGCAGGCUAAUAUUCACACAGCACCGGCGCCAGACUGUAGUGCUAACAAGCUAGCUGGACGAAUCGGUUAACUUACCGACUCUAACGCUGCGUCCAGGGAGUCAGAGUCGACACCGAGCCAACCGAGCAUUGUGGAAAUCAUGUACUGUCCGUCCGCAUUGGUGUGCCAAGACUCCGGUGUCGGACUGUUCCGUUCUCUCGAAUGAACUCGGAUACUCGACUGGAAUAAGGAGUGAACUAAUCAUCCUGGAGCUGUGAGGCCCUGUGUGACUGAGCCGAGUGACAACAUGACCGCAUGCGGCCGGGUGUCGGUUCUGACUCUGACGCUUUACUCUGUGCUUCUCUUCAGUCCUGCUGCAGCUGCUCAGAGUGAGGAGAGGGAGUGUGCAUUUACUGACCAGCACCAGCAGUUUGAUGAGCAGAGUGUCGCUGGUGAUUGGCUUGUGUCACGGGAGAACAAUACCAUCUUAUGCAGCAAGAGCAGCCGCUGCUACGGUCUCUGGGAGAAAACCCAUGACGGUGACAUUCACCUGGUCAAACAAGGCUGCUGGACUUACAUUGGCGACCAGCAAGAUUGCCAUGACGACCGUUGCGUGGUGACAAACACGCCAUCACAGAUCCAGAAUGGCACGUAUCGUUUCUGCUGCUGCAGCACAAACAUGUGCAACGUGAACUUCACUGAAAACUGGGUGCCGAGUCCCACUAGUGCCACCAUACUAGACCCACGGCCACUGCACCGUGAAGAUGCCAUUUUCAUCACCCUUGCAUCUGUCUCCGUCGUAGCUGUACUCGUCGUGGCGGUCUUCUUUGGCUACCGCAUGCUGACAGGAGACCGUAAACAAGGUCUGCACAACAUGGACAUGAUGGAGGCAGCAACAUCUGAGCCCUCUGUUGAUUUAGACAGUCUGAAGCUGCUGGAGCUGAUCGGUCGCGGCCGCUACGGCUCGGUUUACAAAGGCUCUCUGGAUGAGCGUCCAGUUGCGGUAAAAGUCUUCAGCUAUGCAAAUCGUCAGAACUUUGUCAACGAGAGAGCCAUUUACCGAAUCCCCCUGUUAGAACACGACAACAUAGCACGCUUGAUCGUAGGAGACGAACGUCUGACGUCGGACAGCCGUAUGGAGUACCUGCUGGUGAUGGAAUAUUACCCACAUGGCUCCCUGUGUCGGUACCUGAGUCUGCAUACCCUAGACUGGGUGAGCUGUUGCCGUCUCGCCCAUUCGGUCACCAGAGGACUGGCCUACCUACACACCGAGCUGUUAAGAGGAGAGUUUGCAUGUUCUAAUGCUUUGGAGGUUUCCUCUGGGAAUUCUGGGUCCCAGGUUCCCCAUAACCUUGUGUAUGAUAAGCGGUACAGGACACCAGUGAAUGAUACAUAUAAACCUGCAGUUUCACACCGGGACCUGAACAGCAGAAAUGUUCUGGUCAAGAAUGACGGCACGUGUGUGAUCAGUGAUUUCGGUUUGUCGAUGAAGCUGACGGGAAACCGUCUUGUUCGACCUGGAGAGGAGGAGAACGCUGCUAUCAGUGAGGUCGGUACGAUCCGCUACAUGGCCCCGGAGGUGCUGGAAGGAGCAGUGAACCUGAGGGACUGUGAGUCUGCUCUAAAGCAGGUGGAUAUGUAUGCCAUUGGCUUGAUAUACUGGGAGACCUUCAUGCGCUGUACAGACCUUUUCCCAGGAGAGGCUGUUCCAGAGUACCAGAUGGCUUUUCAGGCAGAAGUAGGAAACCACCCAUCCUUCGAGGACAUGCAGGUUCUGGUAUCCCGAGAGAAACAGAGGCCAAAGUUUCCUGAAGCUUGGAAAGAGAAUAGUCUUGCUGUUCGUUCACUAAAGGAAACAAUGGAGGACUGUUGGGAUCAGGACGCAGAGGCUCGUUUAACGGCUCAGUGUGCAGAGGAACGCAUGGCUGAGCUGCUCCUUAUCUGGGACAGGAACAAGUCAGUCAGCCCCACUGUCAACCCAAUGAGCACAGCCCUUCAGAAUGAAAGAAACCUCACCCACAGUCGGAGGGUUCCAAAGAUGGGGCCUUACCCAGACUACUCCUCCUCCUCAUACAUUGAGGACCACGAUGGCAUGGUAAAGAACCUUCCUGGAGAUAUGUCCACCUCAGGCACAUCCUCAGUAAGUGGCAUUGGUUUGAGUGGACCUAGCACAGGAGCCUCAGGAGAAAAGAACAGGAACUCCAUAAACUAUGAGAGACAGCAGGCCCAAGCACAGGCACGUCUGCCAAGCCCUGAAACCAGUGGAACCAGUCUAUCCACAAGCACCACCACCACCACAGCGGGCCUCACCCCAAGCACAGUCAUGUCCACCAUCUCAGAAUCAGCCCCAUCUGAAGAGGCUUUAGCAGGUCCAAGUGUGCCUGUCUGCCUGCAGCUCACCCAGGAAGACCUGGAAACCACCAAGCUGGACCCCAAGGAGGUGGACAAGAACCUGAAGGAGAGCUCUGAUGAGAACUUAAUGGAGCAUUCUCAAAAGCAAUUCAGUGCUCCUGACCCACUCAGCACAGGCAGCUCCAGCCUUCUUUACCCGUUUAUAAAGUUAGCAGCCGAGGUGAGUGCAGGGGCCGGAGGCGGGCAUCAAGCUGAAUUUGGAGCAGGAAGUAGUGCCACUCUUGAUGCCCCACCCGCUAUGUUUCCUCUUCCAAAACAACAGAAUCUCCCCAAGAGGCCCACCAGCCUUGCCAUUGCCUCCAAAAAUCCCAGCAAGGAGCCUUCAUCCUCCCGGCUCAAGUUUGGCAGACACAAGUCUAACCUGAAGCAGGUGGAAACAGGUGUUGCCAAGAUGAACGUGGUGGCAGCAGCAGAACCUCAUCCAGUCAUGCUAACUAAUAAUGGGCCAGGAGUAAGAAGCGGAGCUGGGGUGCUCUUGCAUAAUGGAUUUGCAGGCAGUACAGGUAGUUCCAGCAGCACCUUUGGGAACACAAACCCAGCUGGGCCACAGGGUGAGGGAGGUGGCCUGCCUUUGCUCCAGAGCCAGCUAAGUGGGGAUGACCUCAGGCUGAACAUCAGCAUUAACUCCAGUCCUGAUGAGCACGAGCCCCUGCUGCGCAGAGACCACACAGGGUGCACAAACUCCAACAACAACAACAACAGCAACAUCCACAUUGCAGUUUCUUCUGCACCAGGCACAAGUAGUGCAAUACCUGCAGGACCAGCUUUACCAGAGCUGCAAUUACUGCAAGAGAAGGCAGAAGUCCCACUGAGGCAGGACAAGCCCAGGAGGCCAGAGAGGCCCAACUCCCUGGAUUUGUCUACCACUACACAGGAUUUUUUUGUGUCAGGUGAGAGCUCCUCUCAGGAGGGAAAAGCUGCCUCAGCUGAGAAGAUAAAGAGACGUGUGAAGACACCUUACUCCUUGAAGCGGUGGCGUCCCUCCACAUGGGUCAUCUCUACAGAUACGACGGAUGGAGAGGUCAACAACAACGGAGCAGGUUCAGCAGGCGCUACUCGCUCCAAAUCCAGCACUGCCGUGUUCCUGGUAGAAGGGGGAACCGCCACGGCGACCCUCUCCUCUGACCCGCCUGGCAUGACCUGCCUAUAAACUUUUACCAUGCUGAGAAACAGCUACAAGCAGCUUACUGAUACUGGAGGGUUUGCAGCAUGUUGUAUGAGGAAGAGAAAACCGUUUUCUAAGAUACAAUUCGCAAGCACUUAACAUCGUGGUAUAUCUUGAAUUUCUCUGACCUUUUUUUCUUUCUUUUUUUUUCCCCUUUUCUUCUUCUUCCCUUCCCUAAAGUAAUUGCUUUAAACCGAACCCAGCUAUGCAGCAUCAUUGGCUUAAAAUGCUUCCAUUAUUUUGUUUUGUCUUUGUAAAUCAAAGUAUGAUUGUGUGUCUGGUUGUUUGAUAAUUACCUUCUUAUAUAUGUUGCACUUUUUUGUUUUUGUAAUCAUGAUCUUAAUCACAUAGUUACGUCUGAUUUCUCUGACCUUGUUUAAAUCUGGUCUUAAAAAAAAUGACAAAAAAAAGGGGAAAAAAGGAAAAUGACAAUUUGUUGAUUUAACAAUCAUUCUAGACUGCUUUUAUGGACAUAAAUGAAAUCUAGUCCAUAUAACAGUUAAUAGAAAUUGCAGUGGUCUGUAAAACCUUUGACUGCAAUAGCAACUUGUUCUGUUUUAUGCAUAGUACAUUCAGCCGUUUGUUGUAUGUAAUAUAUACAUGUAUUCCUCGUUUUUUUUUGUUUUGUUUUGUUUUUUGUAUUACAUUCUGAAAUGUGCAAUAGGCUUUAGCUUCGAGGUGCUCUACAAAUACUUUUACAUUUUGUUCGAUAUGUUGCAGCAUUUUCCAUUUGUUAACAUAAUGUUGUAAACUAAACGGUGCACUUACCUGCAAUCUUCUAUCCUUUUAACCGUCGCUGUCUGCAGCUAUGAAACAUCUUAUGGAUGACAAUCCCUUCUUAUCAAUCUCAAUCUUGAGAGGGAAAGUUAUAACCAUUUUCUUUAGGUGUAUGCAUGUAUGUUUUUCUCUGUUAGAGGUGCACAACAGCAGAGAAGCUUUGAAAUUCUGCAAGCUUUGAAGGAUGGAGGAUUUACAAUUCUGUUACAGUCUGAAUCAAGUUCUAUCUCAGCCUGAUCUCUGGAAUAAUGUUCUCCUAUAAUAGCUGAGACUGAAGUACAUACUAACACUCAUUCGUUUGUUUUGAAAAGACACGCACAAGGUUGCUGCAAGUGUGGAUCUACAGGAGUGGUUAUGCUCUGCAUGAGGAUCUCUGUAAGAGCACAAGAUCAGAUGUGACCUAUGACUUGUGCAGAGGACACAUGAGAAAAUGGAUAAGUGGCUUAACUUAGGUGUUGCUCUCUGCAUUCCAGUCACAAACAGCACCACGGACACUGAGUAUGUACUUCAAAUGUCAUUUAUAUCUCACAUUACACGACAUAGACCUGGAACUAAAUGUGUACAUCAUUGUGCAUAUUACAGCUGAUUUAAUUCUUUUUAAAAUUCCGUUUAUGAACGAUGAUAAAUUGUGGUCAUGUCUCAGAUAUCAGAGUAAUCUGGAAAUGGUGGUUAGCUUUUAUUUCAUUGUGUACAAUCAUAGGGAGGCUGAGUCUAGAUGAAUGGUCUGUAUACAUAUGAUGACGCGUACAAGGCUGUUACUUUGGAAUCGAGAUUUUAUGUCGUUUUAUUUACCUUUUUUUUUUUUUUUUAAACAGUGCCAAGGGCCAAACCUCAAGGCUGUUUGUCCAGAUACUUUUUAAAUGCUUAUUAUAUUAUUUUAAUGAAUGACAUCAUAUUGUGUCUCUUGAGUUUGUUGCUAGUUAAAGGGCUGCACUGUCCUCCAUCCCUUGUGCUUCGGUGUAUCAUUCACAUGUAUGAGCAGUCUGAACAAAUGUUGUAGGAUAAUCCUGACAAACACUCUGUGCCACUACAAUUACAGUACCCUUAAUAAUGAUUACUGUAUGUUAAACAUUGAAUCAUGUUUUUUGCAAUCAUCUUUAAAUGUACACUUCUAUCCAUCUUUACAUGCAUCCUGCAGGCUCAGAUAUGAGGCAUUCAUACAUUCAUAUAAUUACAUAGUGUUGCUCUAUGAUGGGAAAAUCUCUCAUAAUGCAAAGCAAACCUUGCCCUUAUAGCCAUUGACUUAAACAUGCACACUUGCAAACUGUAUGUUGUGUAAAAAUCAAGUUAUGCUCUUAAGUGAAAAAUGUGCCACUAGCCACAUGCCAGUUUGUUAUGUAUGUUAUGAUUAUGUGGACUGGACAGUGACAAAAAAUGGCAAAUUUGUUAUUCAAGACAAAUGUUUCACUUCCUCUGUCCAAGUUGUCAAAGCUGAAAUGGUAGUUUUGUAUGUAUGUAAUAUAGCUUCACCGAUGUGGUGUAAAUAUCCCUGUAUAGCGUGCUUUGCUUGCACAUAUACAGAAGGCUCAACUGUUGCUGUGGGACCAAGAACAAUGUUAUAACACUGUGAUAUUUAUCUCUAGAUAAAAUAGCACGGUUAUGUCGGACAGAUAAACGAUUACUUAUUAACUUUAAGUACAUGCCAUUUUUUUCACAAGACAAACAGAAGCAGUUACCGCAGUUAAAAACAAAUGUCGCUUUGUUUUUCUUUAUUUCUCAGCCCUUAGUUCUCAGUUACUGACAUGCUGGCCUUAAAAUAUGUUUAGCCCACGUGAUUAUUGGUGUAGAAUUUGUUGGAGUAAAAACCUCUGGUCUUCUUUUUCAAUGAUGUCUCUGCUGUUUACAGCCUAUUGUUAAAAGAACACAUACAGCUGCCUGUGCACAUUAGACUAAAGUACUGUGUGUUUUUGUUCAUAUUAAAUGUGAGCAUUAUUGGUUCAAUACUUUGGUUAUCCCAGACCACCUUAGAACAUGGUUUAAUGCAUAUAUUUGCUAGUGUUGUGCUCUAGAGCAAUGAACACAAACCCAUUACAUGGAGGUCUCCCUUCUUACUGAAUUCUGUUCCGGUCUUAAUCCAGCUGAGCUGAUCCGGCUAAUCAAGUAAACUGAUUAUCUGGUGAACUUGUGCUGGAUUAGGGCUAUAACUGAAUUCUGUAAGAAGGUGUGAUGUGUAGAAAGAAGGUUAAUGAUUAUUUCCCUCACUGAAACAAGGUGGCUUUGGUAAUGAGGUUGUUAGGUUCAGACUCUUCAUUUAAAAAAUAUAAUUUAAACCCAAGUAGUGUUUAUUUUAUAACAAAACCUUGUCAUCAACUGAAGCUUUGUCAUUUAUACCAUAUGAAUAAUAACUAAAAUAGAAGUCUACUAAGGCAUUUUUCUAAUCAUUUGUCAUCCCCAAAAAGUACUGAAAACAAAAAGAAAUUGUGCCGUUUCAUUUAUCCCCAUAACCACUGCAGCUCUUUCCAAAUUCAGGCUUGAAGAUGCAAAAACAUAGCAGUGUCAUCUUAUUAUAAUCAUGGAGUAAUUAGAAAAAAGAUUUUCUUUGUGUAGAAUGAGAGAAUGGAAAGUAUCUGUUCAUGAUGGGCUGUUUUUUUUUUUCUUCCUGUUUGUCAUUCAAUUCCUACUUAUGCUAAUUGCUCCACUGAGAUCUGUGGCUGAGAUUCUUGCAACAAAAUAAGCCACUAAAAUGUUUUCUAUUGCAACUUGUAAAGUAAGCGCUUUGAGAAAAGAACAAAAAAAAGCUACUCGGUUAAAAAGAUAUAUGUUUAAAUGCCAUUUAGAAAUAAAGCUUGCUGUACAACCCUGCAUUACUCAGUUGAUUAAAGACUAUAUUAAAGAUG